AUGACCAGCAUGACUACAGCAGCACCUAUAACUCCACAAUUUUAUCACAUGAUAAGCAUACCCGAGUUUGUGCCAAACAGUGAAACGUUUGCAAUUUGGAAAGAAAAAUUUGAAAUACACAUGUGCGAGCAAAGUGUGAGUGAAGAAAAUGCAAAAAAAUCAACGUUGUUGAAAUCAAUUGGAACAGGCCCGUAUGGUGUAUUACACAGUUUAUGCAGUCCAGAUUCACCUGUAUCAAAGUCAUACAAGGAAAUUUGCGAAAUACUUUCAACGCACUACACACCACCUACACUUGUUUUUCGAGAACGAAAAAAGUUUCAUAUGGCAGUCAAAGGCGAAAAUGAGACAAUUGCAGAAUGGUAUGCCCGUUUAAAACAGUUGGCAUGUAGCUGUAAAUUUGGUGUCUAUUUGGAAGCAUUCGUACUUAACCAAUUUGUGAUGAGUCUUCCUAAUGCAAUAUUUGAACGCAUGUGCGAAGAAGAUGAACGUCUAUCUCUUUCUGACGCACUAAGAAAGGCAAUGAUAAUGGAGACCAAAGAUUUUGCAAAGAGGACAGGAGAGAACAUCAGUUACGUGAACAGAAGCAGCGCAAAUCAAAGAAAAAAGCGAAACUGCAACAAUAGAAACAACGGCAGUUAUGACACUGGAAGUUUCAAGGGCAACGGAAGAUCACAUGGGAUGAACUUCAAAAGCAGUAGCAGCGACGGUAGUGACGGCGACGCAGGCAGAGGCAAAAAGCAGCAGAAAUUCUGUGUGCACUGUGGUUGGAAAAAUCAUCGAUCUGAAGAGUGCAAGUACAAACAUCUAAAUUGUCACACUUGUGGGAAGAAGGGUCAUUUGGCGAGCGUAUCGUGGCACCAACUUCUUCUGGUGAGGUUUACGUGUUACCGGUUACAAUUGAUGGUUGUAACAUGAACGUCACUUGCGAUACUGGAGCAUCUUGUACAAUUAUUCCAUAUUCAGUUUAUGAGAAGGCAGUGAUGAAGAAGCCGCUCAGAGAAUGUAAUGUUCCGUACAUGGACUACAAUGGUCGUCUUAUUGAAAUUGUCGGUGAGUACGAUGCAACAAUUGAAUAUCGAGGCAUAAGAAAAGAAAUGGUUAUAGUAGUUGCGAAAACAAUGAGUCCAGCUUUACUUGGUAGAACAUUUUUGAGAUCGUUUAAUUUUGAAUUAGUUCAAGUUAACAAUGUUAGCGAAAGUGAACAACUCUCUGUACUUACAAAACAAAUAAAAAGUGAAUUUGCAGAUGUGUUUAGACCCGAAUUAGGUUCUUUUAAUGGGAGCAAAAUUAUGUUACAAAUAGCGGAAAACACCAAGCCAAUAUUUUUCAAGCCUAGGCCGCUACCAUUAGCAUGGAAAGACCGCGUUGAACAAAAAUUACGCGCUUUGAUUGAGUUAGGAGUUUUAGAACAAGUUGAUAGUUCUGAUUGGGGAACCCCAUUGGUUCCGAUUCUUAAGCCAGAUGGUGAUAUAAGAAUUUGUGGAGACUACAAAGUUUCCGUAAAUAGAUCAUUAGUCGAUGUACGAUAUCCGUUACCACGAAUUGAUGAUAUUUUUGCAGCACUUCAAGGAGGCGUAUUAUACACUAAACUUGAUUUAAGCAAUGCUUAUAACCAGUUGCACCUAGAUGAGCAAUCUCAGUUGUUGUGCACAUGGAGCACACAUAUUGGACUUUUAAAAGUCAAACGAUUACCUUUUGGUAUAAAAACAGCAGCAGCAAUAUUCCAAAAGACAAUGGAAUGUUUAUUCCAAGGAAUAAAAGGAGUCGUAGUUUAUCAGGACGACAUUACAGUAACAGGAAGCAAUCUUCAAGAACACAUUUCAAAUUUAAAAACAGUUCUUAGCAAGCUGAAAUCAGCCGGACUAACUUUAAAUGCAAACAAAUGUGAAUUUUUCAAAUCUAAAAUUCGUUACUUAGGGUUCUCAAUAGACAGGUACGGAUUAAGCAAAAAUGUUGAUAGAGUUUCCAGCGUUUUACUAGCACCCACACCUAAAAAUGUAUCUGAAUUACGAGCAUUCAUUGGAAUGGUGAAUUAUUAUUCAAAGUUUGUUAAAAACUUCGCACAGAUAAUGAGUCCAUUAUAUGUACUUUUGCAGAAAGAUUCAAAAUUUGUUUGGACAGUUGAAUGUAACAAAGCAUAUGAGAGAAUUAAAAGUGAGAUAACUUCAGAACAAGUCUUAGUGCAUUAUGACGCAAACUUGCCUAUUGUCUUAACGACUGAUGCCAGUAGUAAUGCCGUAUCUGGCGUACUAGCACAUAGAUUUGCUGAUGGUCUUAAACCGAUAGCAUUUGUUUCCAGAGCCUUAUCAAAAAGUGAAAUUAAUUAUAGCACACUGGAUAAGGAAGCUCUCGCGAUUGUAUAUAGUGUAAUGAAGUUGAAACAAUACCUUCUAGGGAUCAAGUUCAUCUUGAGAACUGAUCAUAAGCCCCUCUUGGGAAUAUUUGGAGAUAAAAAAGGAUUGCCACUUAUGGCGUCUGCACGUUUGCAGAGGUGGGCUUUAAUAUUGUCAGGAUUUCAGUACACAGUUGAACACAUAAAGGGUUCAUUAAACGAGGCUGACGGACUUUCAAGGAUGCCUCAGUUAUACAAAUCAAACGAAGAUGAGGAAUACAAUUAUAUUAACUUCAUUCAAUCUGAUAUACCGUUUAAAUUGAAUUUCAAGAGUAUUGCUCGUGAAACAAGGCAUGAUUCAAUCCUUUCAAAGGUGUGCGAAGCCAUUAAAAUUGGAUCGCUACAAAAAUUAAACAAGGCUGAAUUCUCAAAUUUCAUAAAUAAAGCAAAUGAGCUAACAGUUGAGUACGAUUGUAUCUUAUGGGGUCAUCGUGUAAUAGUUCCAACAAAACUUAGGAAUCAAGUUUUACAAGAGUUCCACAAAUCUCAUUUAGGAAUGGUGAAAACAAAAAUGUUAGCACGCUCAUACGUAUGGUGGCCAAAUAUGGAUUUAGAAAUUGAAAAUUUAAUAAGAGAAUGUAUCGCAUGUCAGGAAUCACAACCAAGUCCAGAAAAGUCUACUUUGAUACCGUGGAAAUCAAAUGGUCAGGUAUGGAGUAGAAUACACGUAGAUUUUGCAGGACCAAUAAAUAAUUUUUAUUUAUUGAUAUGUGUAGAUUCUUUCUCUAAAUGGGUAGAAGUUUUUAAAACAAAGGAAAUUACGUCAUCGUUUACAAUAAAAACCUUAAGAGAAUUAUUUUGUAGAUAUGGUCUAGUUGAUGUAUUAGUGUCUGAUAAUGGUAGACAAUUUACUUCAGAGGAAUUUCGCAUUUUCAUGGCCAACAAUGGCAUAAAGCAUGUUUUGACAGCUCCUGGUCAUCCAGCGACAAAUGGCCAAGCUGAAAACUUUGUAAAGACUGUAAAAAAAUCAAUAAAUGCAAGCAUUAAAGUUAACAGCAAUUCUAGUUUUGACAUAAUCCUGAAUAGAUUUUUAAUAGAUUACAGAAACACGAUUCAUUGCACGACCGGCGAAUCGCCAGCCAAACUUUUCUUUGGUAGACAACUAAAGACCAGAUUUUCGUUUUUAAAACCUCCAAUUGUACAUGAUCAAAUAAGCAAAAAGCAGGAGGAUAGUGUCAUGAGUUACAGAGGUAAUCGCGACAUAAGAUUUAAAGAAGGUCAAAAGGUUAUGGUCAGGGACUAUAAAAAUCCUAACAAGGCAAGUUGGACUCAAGCAACAGUUAGCCAACAAUUGGGACCUCGAUCUUAUUGUUGUAUCUUAACUCAUAACAAUCGUGAAAUAAAACGACAUUUAAAUCAAAUUAGAAAUCAAGAAAGCAAACACAUUGCAACAGAAAAACGAGAUAAUCAAAUCGAAAGUGAUUGUUCAAGUGAAUCUAAAAGUCAAAAUGACACUGUAAUUCCUUCUGAACCAACACCAACCAGAAGACAGCUAAGACCACGUAUAGAGGGAAAGGUUGUUAAGCCUUCCACUUAAAAAUUAAAAAUAGAAAAUGAAACUUAUGAAUCAAAUAUUUGCAAUUAAGAAAACAAAAUGAAAUGUAUUAAGUUGAAUUUAGACCUGAAUUUAUGAUGAAAUCUCUAUUGAACUCCAUGAAUAAUUGUUUUGUUAAUUGUUAAAUAUCUCAUAAUGUUAAACAUGUAUCAAUGCAAAUGUAUAUAUUUUAUUGAGUGUUAUGACAAAGCUAAGGAGAGGCAUGUUAGGUAUUCGAUACCUUGUUAAGUAUUAUUGUAAAAGUGUCACCUGGUCACAUUGAUCUUGUGCCCUUUAGCUACACAUUUUGAAUUGUAACACAUUCUGGAAAUAUACGCGGCCUGAUACACAACAACAA